CGAAAGCCGCGCACGCGCGGUUCCGCUCCUGCCCAGACGGCGCAUGUGCAGUGCGCCCCCCGCGAGCCAUGCGAGUGGUCGUGGGAGGCGGGACUGGCUUUGUGGGCACGGCCCUAACCCGGUUGCUGAGGAGCAGAGGGCAUGAGGUGACCCAUGUUUCACGCCAUGCAGGGAAGGACCGGAUCAGUUGGGAUGAGCUAUCCCGCUCUGGGUUACCCCGUUGUGAUGCUGCUGUGAACCUGGCUGGUGAGAAUGUCCUCAACCCGCUUCGAAGGUGGGACUAUGCCUUCCAAAGGGAAGUAGUUACCAGCCGGGUGGAGACUACCAAGACCUUGGCCAAAGCCAUUGCUGAGGCUGAGCAGCCCCCUCGUGCCUGGGUCCUUGUCACCGGCGUAGGGUAUUACCGCCCUAGCCUGACAACUGAAUAUACCGAAGACAGUUCUGGUGGGGACUGUGACUUCUUCUCACGCCUGGUGCACACCUGGGAGUUGGCAGCUAAAAUUCCAGGGAACAUCACCCGUGAAGUGGUGGUGAGAUCUGGAGUGGUACUGGGGAAGAAUGGAGGUGCAAUCUCACAGAUGCUGUGGCCCUUUCGGCUGGGCCUUGGUGGCCCCAUUGGCUCUGGUGUCCAGCCUUUCCCCUGGAUCCAUGUUCAGGACCUGGCCGGCAUUGUGUCUCAUGCCCUAGAGACUGAGGGUGUCCGAGGUGUCCUCAAUGGCGUCUCCCCAGCCUCCCCCAACACCUCAAAUGCUGACUUUGCCCGUGCACUGGGGUCUGCCCUGGGGCGCCCAGCCCUCCUACCCUUGCCCACUGUGGUGGUACGGGCCGUGUUUGGGGCUGAGCGAGGUAUCAUGCUGCUGGAGGGGCAGCGAGUGGUGCCGAAACGCACCUUGGAGUGCGGCUACCACUUCACCUUCCCUGACCUCCCUGUGGCCCUGAGGGACAUUGUGUCCUGAGGCUGUGAGCAGGGCUGGGAUAGGAGGUUACACUGUUUAGGCAUUUCCCUUUCAAUAGGCCAUGGAGGCUGUUGUCUUUAGCUUGGCUGUCUUUCUCAGACCCCGCUGACAUCCUUCUCUGUCACCCCUUUUUGAGGACUUCAGUUGCUUUCAGCUCCACUUUAAGGAGUUCUCCAUUUUGAGCCCCUUAUUUUUUUCUUUUGGUUUUCUGUGUCUCCACAACUUCCCAGUUCCUUCUGAGUCCCACCUUCGCAUCCCACUGUGUUCCCACCACCCUUCUGUGUAGGGGCAAAUGGAUGGAGCAGCUCAUUUGGAGACCCAAUUUCCCCUCCUUUUCAAAGUUUGGGCUGUCCUGAUUUGAUCUCCCUUCUCGUGCUCAUCUUCAUUUAACUCUCCCAUCCAAGUCUAACCAGGUUGCACUCCUCUAUCAGUUGUUUUCCAUUUUGUGACCAUUUUUAAGGGGAUGGGCUCCUGCAGAGAGGGUCCUGGAGGUUGUAUUUCUCCAUGGGACCAUGGGCAUGAUUCCCCCACUAAUAUAUGUUGUAUAUAGCAUUGUGCAGUUGUUGGGGACUAAAUUGUGGCUGGAUCUCUGCUGUGUGGGGAGUUCCUUUGUCAAAUGUAUGGUGCAGUAGGGGCUGCUGUGCUACGCAGCGGGUAUGUAGGGCGUUUUGCCCCUCAGUCAAUGCUGAUGACAGAGCCUCAGUGUAGCACAAGGUGCUGCAAGGAUGGGGUGAGGGUGCUCUCCCGUUGUAGUCAGUACCAGUUCUACUACCUAACUGUGAUGCUGUGGGCAUGAUUUAUCAGGAAGCUGGUUGGGCCACUGUCGUAUGGCAACCAGGACUGACUGAACUUGGCAGAAAAUGAAUGUAUCCUGUUUAGUUUUUAACAUCUCUCUCAAUUCCACUCUCUUCCCCACACACUGCCCCACCUCAGGUCACUCUUAACGUGACCUCUCCCAGGCUCCUAUGACCCAUCUCCCCCUAUGUUCUGUGGGACUAAUCCUUAUCUUCCACAAGAUUAGGAGAAGAGGAGGCCUGUGAUCCAGGUGGGGCUGUUUUAGGAGGGAUCUGCAGGUCAGGAUUGAGGGGCACCACCAAAGCUGUCUGGUCUCUUGACUGGUGAGUAGCAUGGUUGUUUGGAUGGAGGCCCUGCACUGUUGAGGCCUAUGCAAGUUCAUCCCAACCAGCUCUUUUCUGCCGGAGUUGCCCUUUCUGGCAACUCACCAGAGCACUGGGUGCCUGGGGAACCAUUAGUUUUGGUCCUGCUGGUAAUGCAGCAUGUCCUCUCCACUGAGGAAAUAAAAUAUUUGGAGAUAGUUGUGACUUCCCCUUCCCUCCCGCUCCCAUGCCUUCCUUCAGCCCAGAGCAGCAUAGAAUCAGUAGAGCUGUGUGGAGAAGAGUGGCCCGGUUAGUGACUGUGUGUGGGAUGCCUGCGGGCAGCAGUCACUGAAAUCAGAAAAGCUGGGGGCAACUUCUUCUGUGCUUGAGGACCUAGGAGUCCUAAUUUCUCCCUGUCCUGCUCUAGGUUGUUACUUCCAGAUUUUAGAUCUGAGUGCCCUGCAUAUUCCAGAACUGACAGGUCUGUUGGUCAACCUGGCUGUAACUGUUCUUGGCAGCCAGCCCCUAGGAGCUGUUGUCACCGGCUGUGAGCAUGUGCUCAAUCACAUUUCAACAUGCUCCAGGCAAACCAGGGGCUUUAUGGAAUUAAAUGAAUUCAAAAUCAAGGAGCUUUAUGGAAAGGAGCUUCUAUGAGUGAGAAAGAGAGCUCAGGAUGGGAAUGAGACCCAGAUACCCAAUUUAGCACUGUUAGGGGGUCUUGUAGAACACAGCUCUGGUAGAGGAGAGUGGGAUGGAGGAUGGGAUCUCAAUAUCAAAAGGAAGGACACAGGAGUCAUUAGCUAAGACAAAAGCAGCAAGGGGCACAAGGGCUAUCAGGACUAAAUUGGUCUGAGGAGCCAUGGGUGUGGAGAGAACAGUGGAGUGUUUCUGUGGUAAUUGGGGAGGCGCAGGGGGCACCCUCCCCGGACAGACAGAGCACAACUAUUGCUUUCCUGCUCUGUGGUCUCUGUUACUCCCAAAAGCAAUCCCUAAGGGGGAAGUACAAUCCCGCAAACAGAUCAAGAACUGCAUCUGAUGCCAGGCCCCAACAUCUUAUACCAUGUGCCCCGCAACAUCUGAUGCCAGGACCCAAUUCACUGAUACACUGAAGUGCAGAAAGGGUUUUACUUGGACAGAGGGAUGCUUUAUCCACAUUAAACCUCUUCUGCACUUCAAUGUAUGAGUGAGCUGGGGCCUGGCAUCAGAAGUUGCUGGGCAUACAGUAUAAGAAUGUUUCUGAUUAUUGCUGUCCCUCCCCUAAGGUCAAGCUUAGGUUUAUUUCUUGUGUUGUAAACAGUGCUCUGUUAUGCCCCAUGGCCCUAACCACUUCUGUCAAGUUGGCAGUAGACUUUACCAGUUGGCUUCCCUUCAAAGAGAACUUGGCCAAAGGGUCUUAAAACAGCUUUUGUUGGUUUAUGCUCUGCAUGUUGGUCCUGGAAGUAGGUGGCGACAAAUGGCAAGCAGGCUGGUUCUGUCCAUCAGGAAUCUCAUUUAUCCAUUGAAAAUGGAUUCCUAAAUAACAAGUGACAGUUCUUUGAGUGCCUUCCAGCUGUAUUUGGUAUGCUGAUGAGAGAGAUGAGAGAUUAUUUUAAAACUGAAGAGCAGAGAAUGGACUUGAGGUCUGUACCAGAUUUCAUGAACCUGAUACAUUCAGAGUAGCGGGGAAGAUGCUGUUUGUCUUUCACAACAAGAAGUUGAAUUUGUUGUAUCACCUGUGUUCAUUCCUAUUUAGACUACAGCGGAUCAUUUGGGGGAAAAUGUCUAGUUUUGAUCUAAAGUUUGCCAGUGCUGGAGGAACACAGCUCAGUCCUUCAUAAGCUGUUCAUACAGUUAAUUAUCCUCAUUGUUAAAAACGACCUUAUUCUCAAUCUGAAUUUGUCUAGUUUCUACUACUAGCCAUCUCCUUUUUUUUCUGAACUUGUCCUCUACUGCCAUCUUUUGGUGCAUUAUGUAAGCUAGCUGAUUGCAUGUCUACAGACACCUCAUUUUUCUAGCCCUCUUUGUGUCAGGUCAGCUCAUGAGUCCAUGAGAGAAAGUCAGCUCUGGUGGUUUGGCAUGGCUCCCUGCUAGGAUUGCAAGCAGAUGCAAGGACCAGCCCUGUAAAACAGUUAGCAUAGUGCAAUCCUGUUCUAAGACUACAUACGUGCUGGAACUACAGUAUACAAAUAAAUAAAUAAAUAAAUAAAUACAAAUAUUUUAAAGCUUCCUGCUGCAGGGGUUAUUUUGUCAGGUGUGUGCACAGCACCAGUCCCUAGAGAGAGACCCGAGUCUUGACUGUGGUGUCCCAGUUUGAUGCUUCAGUACAGGGCUGUCCAACUUCUGAGUGGGCUGCACACCUUCCAGCUACACGCUGUGCCCUGUGUCCUGAUAUAGCUGCUCCCUCUCCCUCCACUGGACAUAGCAUUGGUGCCCUAAUGCCACACUACAUAGGGGCUCCUAAAUCCCCCUAGCCACAAGUUCCCUCAGCUCUGCAUGCUCUGCUGCACCAUAUUGUCUCCAGAUGCAGAGGAAGGAAGCAGAAGGAGGAGGGAGGGAGACCCUGAAGACCCUGGCUACAGCAGCAAUGAGGGGAGCAGCAUCCAGACCAGGAGCCAUGGGGCUGGAUGUGGCCUGUGGGCAGCCAUCUGGACAGCCCUGCUUCAGUAGACUUAACAGUAAUAGGACUUUCAUGUUUGGUGAAAACUGAGAUUUCAUUGACAGCAUUUGCCAUAAAAGUUUUCCACCUGAUGUAAUUUUCUGACAGCAUUUUCUGUGAAAUGAUUUUGAAAUUCCUACUCCCUCCCCCAAAAGAGAAAAGCUAAUGAGAUGAGCUAAAAAAAUACAAAGAAAAAAUCUCCCUAUGAUUUCCAUUAAGUGUGAAACUAAACCAAAAGACUUGGGUCUUAGGUAGUGCUUUCUCCUCUGAAGACCUUUAAUUACUCCAGAAAGGAGAUUGGUAUUUGCCCAUUUUAAAAAUGAGGAAUCUAGGGUGCUGGAAGGUUAGGGCCUUGCUCUAAGUGGCUGAGACAGGACUGAACCCAAGGCACCUGAAUCACAACCCAGUGCUCUGUCCAUGGGUCCACAAUAUUUGGCUUAUGUGAAUAGCUAAAGAGGAAGAAGUAGUAUCCUGACAUUUGAAACUAAAAAGGAAUGGAAAAGAAACUCAGAUUUUUUUUUUAUUAAAAAGGAUAUUUUUAAAAAUCAUUUGCAUGCAUCUUUAAUGUUUUGUAAGAAACCAUUGCAAACUUAAACCAUCUCCAGUAAGACAGUAAUAGUACUCUUUGGUUAAAAUAUAUUUGCUUUUAAUGUUACAUGAGGGUUUUGAAAGGUUUAUUUAUAUUUUAAAAUGUUGGGUGUUCAAUUCUAGGUACAGUAAGAAAUUCUGUUUAAGGGUCCUAAUUCAUGAUAAGGAUCCAAUUUCAUACAUCAAGUAUUAAUGGAGGCUUUAGCAAUGCCCAGCACUUAAGAUGAGUUGUGGUAGGGUGUGUUCAGUUCCUUUCUUAUAUUUUCCAUUUUCUUCUAAUGUACCUUUUGGGUGAACCUUUGGCUCAAGGGAGUGCCAAACUUGGACUUGCUGCUGAGGGUCUUAUUGCAAAUCCAGCUGCCAGAAAAUACAUCCUAUGGGACCAGGAAUGUAGGAGAGAAAGUUUAAGGGGUUUGGGUUGUAGAAAGUUUGUCACAUAGGACUCUAGGCAGAUUCACCUUGCUCAAGUGUUAUUGGCUCAAUAGAGCUUGCACUGGACUCUGUUGCUGGUUUGUCUAGGUGACAGCCAAAUGAUGGCAGUGAGAAUAGUGCUGCAGAUUAUAGCAGCUCGUGUUGCAGGUGAUUCAUAGAAGAUCCUAUGGCCAAAUAGGAUGUCCAAAGACCAUCUAGUAUGACCUGUAUGCAUGAGUAGUAGAGUCUGUCCCAGAUACUGAAUUAAGGCUUGUGUUUGAGAAAUAUUUGAUACGUAUUUGAUUUGAACACACCAAGCUGCAGAAAAUGUGGACCUUCUCAGGAGAGGCAGCCUCAAUGUAUAAUUUACACUUGCUACUUGGAAAGUGACUUGCAUCAAACUUUAAUUUGUCUAACUUCAGCUCCUAGCCACUGGAUCGUUUUCAUCUAUCAGCUAUCUGUUUGCCUUCUGUUUAGUAACAGCCUGGCUCAGCCAGACAGAGCUGUUUUGUGUUGGUGCCAUGAAUCUUUGACCAGAGAGGUACCUUCAGGCAAUGUCUUAAACAGCCCAGCAAUGGUACAGGUUUGCUGGGUUAAAGUGGCUGCUGCACUUUCUCCAGCAGUGAGGUUGCAUGUGCAAGUAAGCAUUAGGAACAGGACCUGGGGUUUCUCUCUUGGCUGUUCUUUCAGGUCCCUUUUUUAUGUAGGCUAUUUUCUGUUGUCAAGAAAUGAGGAGUGGAUUUUAACAAGGUAGCAGCAGCAAUACCCCAGCUCAUUCCUACUUUUUUUUUUUGUAUCCCUACUCCAAAAAAAUCCAGUUAACACUGACUUUAAUACCUUCUGAAAGAUGCUGAAACCUAUGUUUCUCCUUCCAAAUGCUUUCUGAAGGAAAAGGAGGCAGGAUAAGAGUUAUGGUUAAAAUGAAACCCGCCCUUAAUACUUGAUGUAUCAGAUGAGAUCCUUGUCAUCAGUCAGUUGGAAGUGGAUGUUCAUCUGAUAGAUCCACUGAUUUUAAGUUUGGGGGAUAUUUAAGAGAGCAUCUCUUAAAGGCUGUAGUGUAGGAGGAGAGCACAAGAUGUUGUGGGUGCAGAGAACUUCCUAAUUUUGGGAAUGGAGUUAACAUUGAAGCCUGGUGAGAGAGCUCAGGCUCUGAGCUGAAAAGCAGAUGUCCCUGUAGCACAAGUCAAGGUUCUCAUUGUUCCAGAAUUGUGUUUAGAUGUUUCAAGUGACUUAAGAAUCAGCGUAGCUAAUAUGCCAGACCUAAGAGGGAGGGGACAGAUUUUAAAAUAGACUGGUUGUGCAUGAGAUGCUAGGAUGUUUGGCUUUUUAAGGCAAUUGGAAUUAGGUUUGUUUGAACAAUUAUGUUUAAGUCAAGCCUGUAAAAAGUAAAAGCCAAGUAAAAGCCUGUUAAAAAAAAUAAAAGGAAAUUGUGAAUUAUUGUAAAAGAUUUUUUGCUUCUUCAAGCUAGACAGCUGGUACGGCAGGAAAUCACCAUCCUACAAAUAAAACAGAAGUUCACUUUCUAGGCAUACAGCCCAGAACUGCUGCCCUCCAGAAAUGGAAAGCAGAUUGCUUUGUUCAAUGUUACAUUAAACAUUUCCCUGUGCGCUUACAUGGGUGAGAGAGAACUUUUUUCUUUUAAUCUGGUUGCUUUGAAAUUGCAUGUUAGUUCAGGGGAGUGAUUUUGAAUGAUGGUAAAGCUCCUAUAAUUAUUUUUAAAUUAACUGGAGGAUUUGCUGAACAAGUCCCUAGCUCAAUUGGCAGAUUAGAAAUUACCAGGCACCACACUGAGGCCAUAUGGCUAUGCCCUUCUGAAGGUUAAAUUAGAGAAUUGAUGCCAGCUGGUAUCUAGUUACAUACCUGAGGCAAGGAGUCUCUGAUCACUGUUUGUUUCAUGGAUCACUCACCAGCUGAAGAUCAGUGUUGCUGGGUGCACAUUCAGCAGCCUCAUUCUUUUCCUCCCAAUGAACAAGGAAUAGCAAGAAGGGGAGAGGAUCCAGAGCUCAAAUGAUGUUUUUAAAUGAGUAUGGAAUUACUUUUUGUCCAUUUGCUGUUCACGUUUCACAAGGGAGUCAUAAACAUAACAAUGGUUAGGCAGCUGUUGUACUGAGAACACUGCCUAGCAUGCAAUCCAAUAUGGUAUCGUCAUUUCCUUGUAUACCCGACCUGUCUGCCUGUUUCCAUCGGUUCUCUCUUGUCUUAUCCUUCUAUCAUAAAGGCACUAUCUUUGGCUCUAUUUGUGCAGGUGGUAGUACGCUGAGGUCCUGGUCCAAGACUAUUGCUCCUACAUGCAAUGCAGGUCUUUUUCUUCAUCUUGUUUUCAGUCCAACCUUUCUAUAUGAUCUGCUCCCAGUAUUCUGCACAGGGAGAAGUAAUGGUUACCUGUAAUCAUUGUUUA